GACUGCCACGCAUCCGACUUUGGCCCCGGGAAAAGCUAAUCAGCAUUAAAGAUUAAUUUGGGAGAGGGGUCUUGUGGGGUCUGCUCUAGGGACCAUGCAUUUCUUUUUAAGAUUAGCCCUUUUCUUUUACCUGUGGGGACUCUUAACUGCCCAGGGACAGAAGAAAGAAGAGAGUACAGAAGAAGUGAAAAUAGAAGUUUUGCAUCGUCCAGAAAACUGCUCUAAGACAAGCAAGAAGGGAGACCUGCUAAAUGCUCAUUAUGAUGGCUACUUGGCUAAAGAUGGCUCGAAAUUUUACUGCAGCCGGACGCAAAAUGAAGGCCACCCCAAAUGGUUUGUUCUUGGUGUUGGACAAGUCAUAAAGGGCCUAGAUAUCGCUAUGAUGGAUAUGUGCCCUGGAGAGAAGCGAAAAGUAAUUAUCCCUCCUUCAUUUGCAUAUGGAGAGGAAGGCUAUGCAGAAGGCAAGAUUCCACCAGGUGCAACACUGAUAUUUGAGAUUGAACUUUAUGCUGUGACCAAAGGACCACGGAGCAUAGAAACAUUUAAACAGAUAGAUACGGACAAUGACAGGCAACUUUCUAAAGCUGAGAUAGACCAUUACUUAAAAAAAGAAUUUGAAAAAGAUGAGAAGCCACGUGACAAAACAUAUCAGAAUGCAGUUUUAGAAGAUAUUUUUAAGAGGAAUGACCAUGACAAAGAUGGCUUCAUCUCUCCCAAAGAGUACAAUGUAUACCAGCAUGAUGAGCUAUAGCGUAUUUUUAUCUCUAUAUUUUUAAAGAAAUUUAUUGUACUUUAUAUAUAAAGUCACUUUUCUCUAAAUUGUGUUUCUCUAAAUUGUGUUAUUUUUUCCAUGAGAAGAUAAUUUUUGUUUUCCUCAAUGUAUGUAAUUUUUUUAUGUAGUAAAUAUGAGUCUGUUUAGCAGAUUUAACUCUCAGGAAACACAUGGCUGUGUUUCCUAAUCCUUUGGUCUGUGAACUCAAUUGCAGCGCCAUGAAAUAGGCUAAUGUCCCAGUGUGUAAAAUCUCCCUUUCUGGGUAUGGGAGAAUAUGUAUGUUUAAAUCUGCAAGCUCAUCUGGGUACUGGUAGCUUACAUUGUAAUCCUAGCUACUCAAGAAGCUGAAUACUGAGAACAGUGUUUCAAAGCCAGCUAGUUCUGUCUGAAAAGUUCUGCUUGGUCAGGAAAUUAACCACCAAAAAGACAAAAGUAGAGGUAUGGAUCAAGUGGUAGAGUACCAGCUUGUCGCAAAACAUCUCUCUAACAGUGUAUAGGCCCUGAGUUCGAGCCCUAGUACGAGUACUACAAAAAAAAAAUCAGCAAGCUCUUUUCAACUCUCAACAGCAUAGCAUAUAUAAAUGUGUAUUACUUAAGAUGUUAAAAUAUCUCAUAUUUUUAAAUACUCAGCUCAGACUCAGAAACUAAUGUUUUUAUGGUUAUACAUUCCAUGAAAUUACUGAAAACAAAAGUCAGGACUGAAGAGUCUUGUGGUAUGCCCACAGUAUGAUACUGGUUCUAUAUCUCUAUCCUGCAUAUAAAAUCUCAACAUGGUUUGUACUUUCUUUUGUACUUCUAGCCUUCAGUAUUUCUUCCAAUCAGAAAUGUUUAUAUUUGACCAAAGCAUUUUCCAUUGUUAGCAGUCUUGUAGUCUACAUUUCAGAAAGCAUUCUAAAAAUGUGACCCCUCUACCUUCACCAAGGCUUAUAUAAAUGUACCAUCACAAACUUUUGCCCAUAGUUGUAAAUCAGUGCCAUAAAAUUCAUUUCUAAUUUUCUGUCUCUAGCUAUCUCUUUCCUUGUGGUUUUACAACAUCCUUAUCAUUAAUGGUGAGUGAUCUGUACUGUAUGGGAUUUUGUAAACAUUUAAAAAUG